AUGGGGAGCGUGUUCUCCGAGGAAGCUGAGGAGCACGUUGCCCCUGUGCCGGUGUGUCUGCAUGUCCACUGUGAUGACGAAUGCGUGGCGACGCCAAAAUCUGCUUUGACAAGCACUGUGGCGCCAGACUCGCCGGAAGUGAUGAUGACGGAGGAGAGCCUCGCCGCAGACGUGCGAGCUGUUGGCACGCUGCCGUUGGAGCAAGAUGCUCUUCAAGUCAUGUCCAUCGAUGAACGCAUCGACGAGGGCGUUGCCACGCCAACCUCCGGUCUUACAAACGUCGUGCCCGCAGACGGCUGGUGCGCAGCUCUGUUCAACGCUGUCGUGGACUACCUUCCUGCGUGGACAGCCUUUGAGGAUUUGCAGGGGCUCUUCGCCGCAGAUGCGCAAGCCAUGUCCAUCGAUGAAAGCAUUGACGAGUGCGUUGCCACGCCAGAAUCUGGCCUGGACUCGCCAGAAGUGUUGGCAGAGGAGGCGGGCGGCUGGUGCACGGGUCUGUUCAACCUCCUCGCCGGGGAGGCUUCGCAUGCUGGCUAUGUGCUUGGCAUGCUCACUGGCUGUUUCGACACCUCCGUCACCACUGGUUGGGUCGAGGUUUCGGUGGUCCUGCCCAAUCUACUGGAAUGGCUGGAGGUACCGGAGAUGUGUGCCCUACGCAUGCUUUCCAGGGAAGCCAUCGAUCUGCAGGUCGUCGCUCGGCACGUGGUGGAGACCGGCGGCUUUGACAGGCCAGAAAGUGUGAUCUUUCAUAGCCAAGUUUUGGAAGAUAAACAUGCGGCGGCUGCACAGCGGAAACGAUUCCAGUGCCAGUUGCUGCACCUGCGCUUUCAGUGUUGUUGGCGACACUGCCCAGGCUUGGCAGAUGGUUUGAUUGAAAAGCUAGCGGACUUUGGCCUAUCAGAGGACCUCGCGGUGUGCAAGGCUGCAAAUGCUCUACUCAAAGCUUACUCAGGAUAUCUGUUGCGGAAAGACCGGGUGCGGGAAGCGGUGCUGCGCUUGCUGGAGCAGCUGGUCCCAACAUCGGGCAUAUUUUGGCUAAGAACCAAGCUGGUCCUAGCCUACGUUUUCCCGAGUAACAGCACACUGGUCCGCAGCGAAUGGCAACACCGCCGACGCUGGGUUUCUGUGAUUUUCGAAAUUCUGUCGCAGCAGAACAUCCAGAAGUGCAAGAAGUAUUGCGCGGCAUGCAUCAGAGUCCUUUGUGCCGGAGGUUUCGCAGAUUAUUCCCGUGAGGAGCUGCAGGAGGCGGCAGCAAUGUCGCCCGAAGCUGUGAGGGCCGAACUUAUGGAGCUGAUGGAAAAACCACCCAUUAUCCAGAGCGGCUCAGGAGGAUCUACAGGACUAUCGCCCGGGUGCUUGAGGCGAUGA